AGAAGAAGUGGAUUCGAGUCUUUCAGAGAAAUAGGCAUUCUGCAUCACCUUCAGUGUUACUUCAGUCAUCGGGUAAAAUAUGGCGAGGUUUAUCCAUAAAGAGCAAUCUGACACCAUGGAUUAUGUGAAUCUACCUGAGCCGACAGCCGGGAGUAACGCCCUGAGGAGCACAUCUGGCCAAGACGCUGGACUGACUCCUGCAGUGUCAGGGAGACAACUCAGACUGGUUGCUGUGAGCUUUGGACUCCUGUGUAUCCUACAAGUUUCUCUCAACAUUUCCCUGCACCUCACUCUCUACAGCAGGACAUCAGAUAAUGAUGUCAGUUGCACAAACCUGACUUACGAGACUGAAAAGCUGAAGAAGGAACUGAUUAACUUUGAUCACUUUUUCCAACAAGGCUGGGUGUAUAUCCGUCCCAGUUUCUAUUACAUUUCAUCUAUCAGGAAAUCCUGGCAAGAAAGCAGAGCUGACUGUUUGGAGAGAGGUGCAGACCUUGUGAUCAUCAACAGCAAAGCAGAGCAGGAUUUCGUAACAAAAUUCAACAGACUCACAUGGAUUGGACUGACAGACGUACAAACCAAAAACACUUGGAAGUGGGUGGAUGGCACUCCACUGAACAAGAGCUACUGGGGACCCGGGGAGCCAAACAGCUUUGAAGGCAAUGUCGAGGAUUGUGUAGAAAUAAGGUUUUUUGAACUGGAGAACAGCUGGAAUGAUAUUCGAUGUGGAGAUCAAAACUUCUGGAUCUGUGAAAAGAUGUUAGCUAUAUAACUCAACAUAAGAUUACUUCAGGUUUUUAAAAACAGGAGGAACGUGCACAUAAACAGAUAGAGAAGCAAACCAGAUUUUGUAAUCUUUAGGAAUAUUAGAUUUUUGGCUUUACUUAAUGAGGAAGGAAAUGUAUUUAGCACAUAUGUUUGACCUCAACAGCACUCUCAGUACAUGUAAAUGUAUGUUUGUUUACAAUUAAUUAAUUACACUGGAUUAUUUGUAUGUAUAACAUGACUGAAAGUGAAAGCCAUGCAUAGAAUAACCUAUGGUGUUUAAAUGAAGAUAAUUCCCAAUGAAUUACAAGUAUGUUGAAAGUGUUGUUUCCACAGAUGCUCUAAACCCCCUCUGAUAAUACAAGGGGUUGCCAAUAUUUUCAAAGUCUGCAUAUGAUAAUAAUUGCAAUAUGUGUGUGAUGAUUGCUUGGCGUUGUGUCUGGGGAGGAGGAGAAUACUAAAAAUGUUUUAUCUAACUUCUGGCGAAAAUAAAUGAAUUUUAAAAUGUC